AUGAGUCUAGAUAAAAAGCGAGUGCAUCAUAUAUCAGCACCCAUUUCACCAUUAGGCAUUGCUAAUAAUAAACCGUUAGAUUCAUUAUAUGAAGAUUAUCCACCACCUGCCUAUCAGCCUCCUCAAGUUUAUGAACAUAGUAACCACUUUUAUCAUCCCACUCCUCCACCACAAACUGUCAUCAUUCAUAGACAACCAACAAAGUCAAAGGAUUCUUGUUGUUGGGGCUGGUAA